UUCAUCCCGUGUUACAAAAACAACAUCGUAUGCGUAAAACGGAAUGCAGUGACACAUCUUUAGCAAGACCACCUGAGGUGUCGGGUGAAUAACCUGGACGGCGCUAUUGCUAGAGGACUCGGGGAAGAGCAGUCCUCUUCAUUCAGCGCACGAUCGAUGGGACCCAUACUUCAGGAACGAGCAGCAACAAAUGCUGUUAAGAAGGUGUCCGCCAAAGAAAAAGUAUGGACGAAAAAUUCUGCAAAUAACGGACAAAUGACAAGUUCCAAGAAAGUGAAGGCAAGUCAGAAUUACAGGUCCCAGAAGAAGGCAGGAGCUCAGCCCAAAUAUGCCUCCCCACGAGAGGGCAGGGACCCCGCUGCAGCCCCUGAGAGGGGCUCACAGCGUAGGGGAAACCGGACCAAACCAGACACCCACUCCAUUACAGACAGCGCUACCCUGCUCCGCGCUCAAGGAGAGCUGGACCAGAAGUCUGUGGUGCCCUCUACUAAAGAGAGUGGUGAGGACAAAACAAGACAGCUGGACUCACAGAGCCACAGUGACAAUGACAGGAAACAGUCAGGUCCGGGGCAGAGUCGGAGAGCGCUGUCUCUUCCUCUCACUCCUCGCUCUGAGCCGCAGCAGGAGGUGCUGGAGCAGCAGGCCCCAAACCUCGAGUCUCUGCGACUAUAUGAGCAGGAGGAGGACACAGACAGCGCCAGUGACCUGUCUGAUUCAGAGAGGCUUCCAGUGCUCCCCUCUCCCUGCACCCCUCCUCACCUCAACCUGCGAGCCGAGGUCAUCAACCCCAACGACUUCCAUCCACCCUUUCCUGGGCCGCGAGGCCUAAGCCAUGGCAGCUACAGCUAUCCAGAUUUCCUGCCUCCACCUUUCAACACCUGGAGCCUCCGGCAGCUGGCCAUUUUCCUCAAUACAGAAGGCAGGGGGGCCCCUCGCCCCCGGCCCGUGGGGAAGCUGGAGAAGUACCUGGAGCGUCUACUGCAGCUUGAGUGGCUCCAGAUCCAGACUGUACAAGAGGAGAGUGGCAAGCCCAUAGCCCCAAUGCCUGCCAGCCGCCCCAGGCCUCACACGGCUCCUCCGGCCCAUCUCAGUUCUCCCAAGAGCCUCCGGCAGUGCCAGCGUGCCUUUCCCCUUGCUUUCCUGUCCUCCCUGGCAAACCCUUCCUCCAGCCAGCUUUCGGUCCGCUUCUGCCCCCACUGCCGUAUCCGUUACCCCUUCUGCAAUGGGACUUGCCGCUCCUAUGCCUACCAGAGGCACUCACGGCUUAGCCCUCUUCUGGAGCGCAGGGCACAUGCUAACAUUGUCCCGAAGAGGAGCAGCAGUGAGAGCAGAGUCCCUGCUGCUGAUCCCGGACCAGCCACUUGGGGAAGGAAGCCAGGGAGUCCACUGACCGGCAAUAACCAUCUGAAGCGCAUGCAGGCUGCUGGCAACAUUCGCAACCCUCCACCAGCCCAGAGUCCCACCAGCAAACUCCAGGUUGUCCCCAGGAACACCUGUUCUGGGGCUGGGACUAGCAGGCCAAAGGGUCUUGUGGGAGGCAAGGGUGCUCCCUGUGGGAAUUUAAGAGAGGUCAGCCCAAUGAGGAGUGGAAAGGAAAGGAAAAGAGCAGGGUUAGUUGGACGGGAUCCAAAACCAGGUGCUGCCAGUACAGUGGAAGCUCAUUCACCAGUCUCCAAGGGACCUCCUGCUGUCAGGCCCAGUCGAAAAAUGAAACGUGUUGAAUUUGUUACAAAUUAACCCAUUGUAAAUUCCUUUGCACUUCCAGUAUCUUCCUUCCUUCCUUGCAAUAU